CUGCUUCAGCAAACUUCCAGUGAAACUUUCCCACAUUUGCAUUUCCAAUCCUAUUACCAUAUUGACAGCGCCUUGAUUCAAGGCUAUCUAAAAUCCAUUGAUUCGCAGCCCACAACCUGCAUCGACUCCAUCCUCACCCUCGACACUGAGCCUCAAUCAUGCCUUCCCCUUCUAGCUCCCAAAGCAAGGGGUUUACGGACUACCUGAUGACCCGUGAUCCGGAAGGGUUCAAGAAAGCCACACAGACACCAUUUCUGGAGAGAGCAGGGAAGGGAACAUUAGAUAAGAGGGUGCUGCAGCAAUGGCUCUCCCAAGACCGCCUCUACGCGCAAGCCUACGUCCGCUUCGCAUCUCUCCUGCUCGCCAACAUCCGUCUUCCCGCGGCUGUAGAUCCCGAGGAUGUAAACGAGAAGUUAGCCGAUUUGAUUGUUGAUUCCCUAACCAACAUCCGCCUCGAACUCAGAUUCUUCGAGCACGUCGCCAAGAAAUAUGGUCUCGAUAUCAACGCUCGAGAGGGGGAAGCGAGUGAGGCUGUGAAAGGGUACCGCGAGCUUUUCUUCUCGACUGGUGAGGGCAUUGAAGCGGCGAAAUUGCCGUUGCUCGACGGUCUCGUCCUUUUGUGGGCCACUGAGAAGUGUUAUCUCGAGGCUUGGACAUACGCAUCCUCUUUCUCCAAGGGUCUGGAGGCAAGAGAAGAGGAAGAUGCUGAUGGUGGAGCGCUGAGGAAGGAGUUCAUUCCCAAUUGGACGUCGCCCGAGUUCGAAGCUUUUGUGGGGAAGAUCGGGAGCUUCGUGGAUGUUUUGUCGGAGCAGGAGAGCGAGGGGAACGUGCGGGUCGUGCAGAGAAUGGAAGAGUUGUGGCGCCGAGUUCUGGAUGUUGAGGAGAGGUUCUGGCCCAAGAUAGAAGCUUGAGCUGGGCAAGGAACGGAAAGAGGAGCGCAGGGACUCCAGCAACUGGAAGGUGGUCAAAUACUAUGGACUGGCUCUGUUAAACACGACUGUCCUGUCUUCAUGUUGUUUAAGGUGGAAAUCCAAGUGGAAUAUUAGCAUGCACUGGAAUGUUCUUUGUCUCUGAUUACUUUGCAGAAACAAAAAUUACUAUAAUUAGAAAUUCUGUGACAGCACUUCGGACAAAGUUUGGAUGAAAGUCUAUUCUUGAACUGAACAUCAUACCUAAGAAUAUACACACUCACAUUAAAAACGAAC